GCUUUAAUGGCCACCUGUUACGUUCGCGUGUGAACUGAGAAAAAAAGUUCUUCAGCUCGUUUGAGCGUGGGGUUUUAGCAGGGGUCUUGCAGAAACAAGAAUUUACCCAGACUGGAGCCCAGACGGAAGAUGUCAGCGAUAUGCUUCGUAUGCAACUUGCCCAUCAUGAGCCACCAGGUGGGCCUGGUGUGGCAGGGUGGCAAUGGCUGGGAUGACUUUAUGCGGGAGCAGCUGGAAGAGUCCACAGUGCGCCAGAGAUUGGGCGGACGGCGCGAUUCAGCAGCUCAAAUCUCAUCACCAAAUACACCACCAAUUGCCAGUGUUCCGCGCCGUCGUCGCUCCUCCAUUGCCCAACUGACGGAUAUCCUGAGGGAGUGGAGUGGCACCAGCUGCAAAAAGAACGUAAAGAAUACACUAAAUCGUCGGGAGACGCUAGCUGAUUUGGCCAGGAGUUUCCCCUGGAACCGCACCAGCAGCAUCGAUACACAGGGCGUUCAGGCUUCAUCAUCAGGUGGUUACAAAAGACGCGAAUCAAGCGCUGAGGUUGGCGGCGGAAGUAGAAGUAGUCGCUCAAGGCAGGACUCUCGUCAGUACUCCCACACAUCCGACUUGGUAAGGCUCUGGAACAAGCGAGAUAGUCAGGUAGAACGUGAACGCGAUGUGACUGAGGUACGUGAUUCACGGCGUGGAUCCGGGGACAGUGUUCGCAGCUUCCGACACGUGCAGGCACCCACGAAAUCUCUGGCCAGCAUGAGACGCAAGCGGGAGUCCGGCGUGGGCUUCGAGGUGAGCACCAGCAUGGCAGCGGCGUCAGAGCCUGAAGCCUCCACGUCGAGCACACUCGUGGAUAGUUCAUGUCAGGCUCUGCCGCCGCCAGUCGUCUCCGUCACCAGUUCAAUCACGCCGCCCGCCACCAGCCCCACAACUCUCAAGUCACUCAAGGUUCGUCGAGACUCACAAACUCAAUGUGGACGCGUAUACAGACGUGAAUCAAAGUCUAGUCCUGACAUGGUUCCCAAGAUGCAACGUCUACAGCGUCAAGCUACCACAUACGACGAGCCUCCAGGUACUAGUCGUCGUGAUUCUCAGCCUACGCUAGCGACAGAAGGUGAGGAACGCCGUGCACGUAGGGACAGUCUCAGUCCUGACUCAGUGACUGCGGCCCAGCGUGGCAGGCGGGACUCGCGUUCACAUCUGUCUCCGGAUCGGAGCCGAGAUCAUGAUAGCGAGGUACACAGGCGUUGCCGAGAGAAGAUCAGGCGUCAGUCUUCAUCAACAGCCAGGAUGUCCAGGUCACCGGAUUCCAGCAGUUGCUGCUCUUCACGAGAUCCCAGUCCCAGCCAGUGUCCCCCAUCGUAUGUUGUUGCUUCAGAACCGAGUGUCAGACCAGCAAUUCGACGACAGUCCACAACUGAGGAGAUCUUAAUUGCUAGGGGUUUCAGAAGACAGAGCACAACUGACGAGAUGAUCCGUUGCCGGAACUUUAGAAGACAGAGCUCUCAGAGCGACGAUGUCUGCAGAUACCGUGGGAGGCGUGACUCCAGUGUCCAGAUCAUAGAUGGGACAAUAGGAACUAUGACUGUGGAGACUACCAGCACAGUCUUUGACAGCAGCACUCAAACCGAUCCAUCGCCACAAUACGAAAACAAUCACUACCACGAGGAGUGUCUCAGGUGCAACUCUUGCGGAGUUAACUUGACCGGUCCUAAUCAGAAACGUGCUCGUCGCUUCAAGAAUCACAUUCUCUGCGAUCUGCAUUUUGCUGACGUUGCUUUAAUGGAGUGUUCAGACUUUAUGCAACAGCUCAGGAGUUUUAAACCUCAAUCCUUGGGAUGUGCAGUGGCUCGACGUAAGAGCUCAACUACACUCAUCUUCCCACUGCCUCCUCAAGCAUGCUCAGAUGAAUUCUGUGAGGAAUAUCCCCAUAAUUUAAUCCCAACCCCUGGCUAUUGGAUCGAAUGUUCAAGACAGAAAAUUUCAACAGCUGGUCAGGGAUGGAAUGACAGUGGCUCGGAAAAUGACAAUGAUUCAGAAACACGAGACAGAUGUACAGAUUUAUGUGAAGAUGAUGAAGAAGAUUCAGAAAAUGGGACUAAGAAGAAAACGACAAUAGAAGAGCAGUGGGAGCAGCAGCAAGGUUUCGAACUGACAUCAGUAGAGCAAGAGACUUACGAAAAACAUUUCUACGGAACAGAGCAUUGGAAUUAUUUUACUAAUGAUGAGGAUCUUGGACCAGUUAUCCUUUCAAUUAAACAGGAAACUUUAAAUGGACGAGAUCAGUUCCGUAUCCUAGUUAGGGCUAUUUCUUACACAGUUCAUGGACUCAUUCCAGCUUCAUGUGUUUUUGCAGAUAGAUAUAACCGUGAGGAAGUAGUGAGGUCUUUGGGCAAAGAAGUUAAUCUAAAUCCACCCUUAACUUUAGGGCAACUUCAGGAUACUCCUGAGGAACUCCUAAAGCUCGAUCAAGUUUUUAUAAAGUCAGAACUAAAAGUUGGAGUUAUUUAUAUCAAAGAGAACCAAUAUACUGAAGAAGAAAUCCUUGAGAAUAAUGAAAACUCUCCCCUUUUUGAUGAAUUUCUGCAACUCCUAGGAGAUAAGGUUCGCCUCAAAGGUUUCGACAAGUACAAAGGUGGUCUGGACACCGUUCACGACCUUACAGGGCUUUACUCGGUUCAUACCAAUUGGAGAGGCAUUGAGAUUAUGUUCCAUGUGUCUACAAUGCUUCCAUACGAGAGGCACGAUGUUCAGAAGCUUCAAAGAAAAAGACAUAUCGGAAAUGAUAUCGUUUGCGUUGUCUUCCUGGAAGCAGACAACACUCUAUUCUCACCAGCUUGCAUCAAGUCUCAUUUUCUGCAUACAUUUAUAUUGGUUCGUGUUUCAGCAAGGAUCAAAAGAAAACCCACUAGAUAUGAAGUAUCUGUAGUAACCAGAGACGAAGUUGGAGCCUACAAGCCCUAUUUAUGGGAGCAAUCUGUCUUUAUGAAAGAUCAAAUGUUCAGGGAAUGGAUCUUGACGAAGAUUGUAAAUGGAGAACGUGCUUCGUAUUCAGCACCAAAAUUUGCACGAAUGCAGGAGAGAACACGGUCCCAAAUGCUGGAGGAUAUUGUGGCAAAUCUCGCCAAUCAUGCAGAAACCGGCCAAAUACCCAAACCCUACCGUCGUGGCUCGUGGAGACCGAUCGGGCACAUGCGUCCAUCAUCACCCCUCCUGGAUUCAGUUCGUGAUCAGUUUGAAGACCACGAUCAAUUAGCCCAGGACUUCCAGCGUGCUUUCUUAAAUGCCGAGCCACAGGUACAGAAUCCUCAGCUUUUCGAUGUAGCUUUUCUUGUGGGUCAAUCCAAACAAAAGGUGAAGUUGAUUGGGGUUCGGGCGAUCCUUGGUGUGCGCAGUAGGGUAUUCCAAGAGAUGCUGUAUGGAAUACAGACCGGCUUUGGGUCACCCCAGGUGCCAGUAGCUGAGAUCUUAGCAAGACCCGUGCCAGCUCUAGUAUCACCACAGAACCAGAAGAAGAGCUCAAACUUCCUCCAAGUGCCGGAUAUGGAAGCACCACGACCAAAGAGUGUACCCUCAUCGCCCAUGGUUAAGAGGGCUUUUUCUCGACUGGGCACCAUCACAGGUUGGGGCAGAUCCAUCAAAAAGCAAAAUUCACAAUUAAAUGCUGAUGAUAAAAAGAAAUGGGCCUCCAUUCAAGACUUUUCAAAUGGAAAAGACGGUGGAAAAGAAAAGAAUCCGUCGCAGUUCUUGGUUCCAGGACUCUCCGUUUGUGCUGAUGUCCAGAAAGUGGAUCGUGCGAAGCUGGCACAAACUGAAUUUAACAUUAUUGAGUUUGAUUCGGAAACUUUCAGGGUUCUGCUCAAUUAUCUCCAUACAGGGAGCUGCCCUUUGACCUGCGUCUCAAUCCCAGGACUUAUCUGUGCAGCUGAGCAUUAUGAUUUGCCUGAAUUGCUCCAAGCGUGCUUCCAUCACGCUAAACAGUUCCUGCGCAUUGAGUAUGUCUGCUCGAUGCUGAUUAACCUAGAGAGCUACUACUGGCGCUAUACAUCGGCCUCUGAGCUCGUCAACAUGAUCCUGGCCUUUGUGGAAACCAAAGCACACCAGCUGUUCAAACUCGAAGAAUUCCUCAACCUCAGCGAGAGUAUUGUACAGAUGAUUAUGGCCAGAUCUCUGGAAAUUCAGGAGAUCAGAAAGUUCGAGGCAAUGCUAGCAUGGGCGAGGCACAAAGUCAAAACCAAAGCUGUUACAACUACCAACAAUCGUGGCAAUAGCCGCUCAGAAUUCCGUACAAUAAUGGAUCGUCUCACGAGGGAUCUCAAGUUACACAGAAUCUCACCACAGGAUCUCAUAAAGAUCGUUCUGCCAUCGAAGGCAAUCAAAAAUGAGAGGAUUCUGGAAACCCUCAUGUACCAGGCCAAUUCGGGCAUUUAUCGAAUUCAGGAUAGCUACCUGGAAGAGUGCCAACAGCGACUCAAGAAUCAAGACUCGCGCUAUAGCGAGUGGAGCGAGAGUUUUGACUAUGGUCUCUAAGGCCUCUAUUCCUCAAUCCCUUCUUCCUUCCUUUGGAUAAAUAAUUUUUUUCAAGAGGCAAAGCAUUAAUCUAGAAUAAUUUUAAGAUAUUCCUUAGUGGUUCAACUUUGCAAGCAGUUUUUGUAAAUUUUGAGCUGGAAUAUUAAAAAAAAACAAAAGAUGUGAUUAUUUUGUGAAAAAAAAAUAUUUGCCCUAUAAAUUUCUCAAUACAAUUGCUUUAAAGUUUAAAAAUUUCGUUCAAUUAAAUUUUUUUUCUUGUGUUUGGAUGCACUUCAUAUGUCUAAAGCUAAAGUGUAAUCACAACCAAUCUUAACCGGUAAACAGUUUAAAAUUUAAUUCUUUUUUAUUAAAAAUACAAUAUUUUUUAACAAAAACAAAAAAUAUUUCUUAUGAUUUAAUAUCCGCAUAUGAAAUCAGUUAGGAAGUUUUGUAAAUUCCAAAGAAAAAUUAAAGAAAUCCAAUCUUAAAUAGGUGGAGUAAUAGAUCCUGUAUACAAAGCCGAUUUUUGAACUUUGUUUUUUAUAAAUCGGAAAAAUAAAUGAGGGUCAUUUCUGAUUUCAACUUUCUAAACUAAAUUCAAAACACAUUCAAAAAAAAUGUCAGAAAAACUUUAAAAAAUAAAUCUCAAUAUCACAAAAAGACUUUUGUACAUGUCACAUAGGACAGCAAAAACCCGAAGUCGAUAUCUAUUAUCGUUUCGAGACCUAGACGAGUAGAUAAAAAAUACAUAAAUAUCAUUACUUCUAAUUUGUGUAAAAAAUAUAGAAUUCGUAAUUUGAAGCAAAAUUUUGCCAACUUUGUUAGAUAAUUCCUCAAUUGAUUGGUUUUUCUUUAUUCAUAAAAUUAAAACUAUCAAAUUAAAAGUAAAAUUAUAAUUUUAUAUAUCAAAAAUGUUAAAAGUUUAUUGAGUUUACCUUUAAUAAAUUUAGAGAUUGAAGUAGCAGAUUGGGCAGUAUUUUUGUAAAAAUGAUCAAUGAAAAAUAAAUUAUGUUAGUGUGUAAAUAACAUGAAAAUCAUAAAAUGUAAAAACUUUAAAAUUGUGAAAUAUUCUUGGCAAAUUAAGAAGUUAUAUGAGCCAACUUCGCAUUUUCAUUCUAAUUUAAAAAGGAUUUAUGAUAUCCGUUUUGUUCUUUACUGAUUAAAAUCGAAUUUGAUAGUAACCAGACAAAUAAUCAUUAUUGUGUUGGGAUUUGGGAUUAUGCCCAACACACAAUAACUUUUGUUUGUAAAUAUGUUUUCUAAACUGCUUAAAAGAGUGAGCGAGAUGACUUUUCAUUAUCAGAAGAAUGAUUAAAAGAAAAAAAACUUUUAAACAAAUAAUUUAAGAAAGAAUUCACCAACUUUUACAAAAUUUAUUAUUUUAACAAAUUUAAACGGUAACAUAAUAAGAAAUUAAUGAACUGAACCAUAAGUAAAAUGGUAAUACCAUAAACAAUAUGGUAAAAAAUGGUUUACCCGGUUUAGGGUAAAGUGAUAUAAUUUGGAAUUAGUGUUACAAGUUGAAUAAUUCGCCGGUAGAAGUUGGACAUGGCUUUUUUCUUGAUAAAUACAGUACAAAAUUUGUUUUUAAGCACAAGGAACCAAAUUAUAAAACUAAAGCAUUAAAAAUAUACAAAUAAAAAUGAAGUACUAAAUUUAUCAAGACAAAAAACCCUGUCCAAAUUGUACCAUUGUCCAACUUGUACCACUGUCCAACUUGUACCACUUUACCCUACAUGAAAAUAAAUGUAAAAAUAAUUUUAUUCAAAAGUUAUAAAAUUUACACUUUGUGUUAAGAAUUUUGUUUUAAGUAGUAUAAAAAACACUGCCAAAUUCCAAAUCUGUGAAAAGUUUUAAAUUUAAAUUGCAACCAUUUUUGAUAACUCAAACUAAAAUACUUUCAAACAUAAUAAAGAUAUGUAUUUAUUAUGAAUUUAUUUACGCUUAACACUUUGGCAAAUAAUUUAGUAAAAGCUACUGCCACAAAUCAUACAAUAUUUAAUAAAGAAUCAAUUUAAAUUUAAAUCAGUUUCUUCAGAAAUUCUGUUGACGUCCAUUAAAUACAAUACUAAAUCAAUUAUAAAAAUUAUUUGCCAGUGUUAAGUAAAUUAUAGUAAAUUUUCUUCCAAAUAAUUCAUCAUAUAAAAGGAUUAUGCUUUGCCUCCCAUUUUUCUUUAUCAGCGAAUUUUCCCGUCCACUUUCCUUCCACACACGAUCGAAGAGACAAAGACGAUUUUCAACACUUCUUUUCUAAAUAUCGACUUUUUUCAAAUUUGAUCGUGUGCCGGGAAAAUUCAUUGUUGUUUGUUGUUAAAUAGUAAAAAAAAAAACAUGUAGCACGUGGAAGAGCACAAAAAAAGAGAAAUAAAUAUACACAUAUGGUUUUCUUUGCAGAAGUAGAAUUAUUCUCUCGAACGCUUAAGAUUGUCUGCAAAAAAUUGGUGUAAAUCAGAAAUAUAUGUGCUCAUUGUACUCAUGAAAAACAGAGAACCACUCUCACCCAGAAUAUUUCCUCAUUGUUGGACGUUUAGAUGAUUGUGAAAAUAUACAAAAAGAAAAAAAUAUACAUGUUGAGCCUCACAGAAGACAUUAAAAAAAACAAGGAAAAUAUAUAUCUUUUUCAUGUUGUGUUAACCACAGAAGGUGAUUUUUUGAUGUUGAAAAAAAACUUUCAUCUCUGUUGAAUGUGUUGUACAAGAGUUCAGCCAAAGGUAUCUCUGUAAUUGAUGGAGCAAAUGAAAUAAACAAUAAAAAAUAAAUUCAUUUGGUAAUUUUUUUUCGGUCGUAAAAGACGACUGAGGAUUACUUAGGAUUUGAAAUCGAACUCGGCUUUCUCGGAUUACGAACUUCAGGCUUAAGACUUAAGCGGUAUACAGACUAGAGAUUUAGCGUUUAGCCAAGUUCCCUGCGGUCUCAAAACCUUAAAUAGUGAGCAAUUUUAUUACUUUCUGAAAAUUAACAAAUCAUUUAACUUUAAUAAUCCAAUUAUAAGUUAAAUUUUUGCAAAAAAUCGUGAUUGAUAUGAAAUUACAACAGUUAAGCCAUAUGGCAAGCCUUAGGUCUGAAGCCGUAUUAGGGUGAUAGAAUUAUUUGUGGCCUGUCUUUACUUAUGGCAUUAUCGCAAUUUUUGUCAGAGAAUUAUUCCGAAAACCAAACAAAAUGUGAUGUGUUAGCAUAAGAUAUCAAAUAUUUUUAUUUUUGGCGUUUUUCGAAAUUAUUUUGUGAAAUUGCAUUGUUUUAUGCGAGGAGACCAUAAAGCGGUCUUCAGAUUAGAGGUUUAGCCCAGUUCCCGAAGAUUUCAAAAUCCUAAAUAGCAACCAAUUUUAUUGCCUUUUCUGAAUUUAAUAGGUCAUUUGUCCUUAACAAUCCAAUUCUUUCCAAAAAAUCUUGAUUGUUGAACAAUUAGAGCAGUUAAGCCAUAUGGCUAAGUCUCAGGCCUCAAACCCGUAUAAGUAAAGACAAAGGUCACAAGUAAUGCCGCCACCGUAGCCAUAUAUAGCUUUAGUUCUAUAAAUUCUUAUUAGUGGAGAUUUUUAGAAAAAUUUAACCGAAUAUUGGAUAAUUAAGGACAAAUAUAACUUAGGGUAAGUGUGCCAAAUUCCGGCCAGCUUGCAAUUUCGGCCACCUUUUUUGUUCCUCGAAUUUCCAUGAACUUUUAGAUUUUACGUACU